AUGCCCAAUUGGUGGACAUCAGAGGGCCAUUACUGGAGCAUUACCCACUCAACGACGGUCAUUAUUAUGGGAACUCUAGGGGAAUCGAGUUGGAGGAUCGAUUUCAUCGAUGGCCCUGUGGCGUUCGCUUCGCCAGGGCAACCGCUACAUCAGCCGGUGCUUUUCAUUGAGCUCUUCGUGGUGCCCGUUUCGCUGGCCAUUUUGUUGAUGGGCUUCACCUCGCACCUGAUCGGCAUCAUCCUUUCGCUGCUGCUCAAGUCCUUUGAGGUGGUGAACGCCGAAAUGGCUGCCAUUGACGAAGCGCUUUGUUUGGAGAUCCUGCGAUCGGAUAUUCCAGCGGUACGGAGGUUACAAAGGCGUCUGUUUUCCCUGCAGCGUCUGCAUCGAUCUUAUGUGAGGAUCACCCGCGAAUUGAUCGAUUGCCUGUUGAUCGUCCUCUACAACCUGAGUACCAUCUACACCUUUUCGAGUUGCAGGUGGGUGUGUGUUUUCCAGUUUGCCGUCAUCGUCAACAGUCUGCGAUCGCUGCUGUGCGUCCUCGAUGAGCUGGUGGGCACCAUUGCUGCUCGGCAGGACACCUCCUGGAUGCAUGUGGCGCGGAUGCUUCAGUUCGAGCAGGUCCUGGUCACCCAUGGAUGGUUGGAGCGCAAGAGAUUGCGAUGGGGGCUCCAGCAGGCCGACUCCUUUGGACAGCGCGUGAGUCGCUGUUGCCUCCAAAGGACGCCACUUGUUCUCGGAUUGGUCACGCCCAACAGACGACUCCUGUUCCGCAUUCUCUUCGGCUUUUGGAGCCUCUGCUCUGCACUCUGCAAAACUGCUUUGGUGGCGGAAAAGGAAAUCUUCAUCGGUUCGGAACUUACAUAG